ACGCUGUUUGAGUUUAUUCCUCGCAGACUGGCGUUGCGAUAGUCUCGUGUUUUUGAGUUCUCUGCAAACUCUCUCGGCAGCGGAAGUUGACAGCCUGAUUUCAUGUUUUUGGCUUACUCAGCGGAAGCCAAACGUCAAAGUUGAUUUCUUGCUUCUACAUAAUAAUUGAUCAUCUGAAGCAACCUGAAUGUAUGGACAGUGAGAUCAAGGAUGUUUGAAGAAUGCUUCGGGAACGGACCAUUCAUUUUCAGAAUCAACGAAAAUGGUUCCGGACCGAUGCUUUUAAUGCAGGUGUGUCUAGAGAGGGGUUGGAGAGAAUACAACGGUGACACCGAAGGAUGGAACCUAUGGUGGAGAACUUCAGGAUUUCCAGUUAGUCAUCACAGGAGUCUAUAUGCUUGGCAGUAUCUCAACCAUAUUCCAAAAGGUUCUACAAUAUGCAGAAAAGACAAUCUAGUUAGAUAUUUAAGAUGCAUGCGAAAAGUAUACGGUUCUAUUUAUGAUUUCAGCCCCCAUGGGUACAAUCUUCCAUUAGAAUAUACCAAGUUAGCUGCUGAAUGUAGCAGAGGUAGGCCAUAUAGUGGAAAAGAGGAUAUAGGAAAAUACUUCGAAGACAGGCCCAUUUGGAUCUGCAAACCAGUCGCUCAAAGUCAAGGUCGAGGAAUUUUUUUAUUUAGGAAACUAAGCGAGCUUAACUACGAUACAAAUACGAUAGUUCAAAGGUAUAUUGAAAAACCUUUACUAAUAGGAGGGUACAAAUUCGACUUACGGCUCUACGUAUGCAUUCCAUCAUACCACCCUGUAACUAUUUACAUGUACAGAGAGGGUCUUGCCAGAUUUGGCACGGAUAAAUUUAGCUUAAAUGAUCUACGAAACCCUUUUAGGCAUUUGACGAAUUCGUCGAUUAACAAACUGGGACCAGGCUAUACGGAAAUGAAGGAUCGCGUAGGAUCAGGUUGUAAAUGGACACUUCGGCAAUUACGAAGAUAUUUCCAACAGGCUGGCAUUUCAGACUGGUUGUUAUGGCAACGAAUAACUUCACUGGUAAUCCUGACGGUACUAAGCCAUGUUAGUCAGAUUCCUCCCACUGUAAAUUGUUUCGAAUUUUUUGGAUUCGAUGUCUUGAUCGACAGUUCUCUAAGACCCUGGCUACUCGAAGUCAAUUUAAGUCCUGCUUUAAGCAACGACUGUGAUGCUGAUAGAUUAGUUAAGAAACCAAUGCUGCAUGAUAUGUUUGAUCUUUUGGGAUUACCAUUAUACAACACUGGUUUGGCAAUAUUCGACAUAUUUUCUGACGAACCAGAUGAUAUAUUAUUCUAUUUAUAUUAUAGGGAAGAUCAAGAAAAUUCCAAGUUGUCGCUAAUGAACACUAUAUCGGUGGUAAAUGCAGCGGGAAGAUGGAGGAGAAAACAAAAGAAAAUGUCAGCUAUUCAGUCUAGGUCCAAUUCUGCCAUACGAAUCAAAAGUAGGGCUACAUCUGCCAACAAUUUUCAAAAGACUUAUAUAACAUUGCCAAAGGUUCAUGUAGAUGUUCGGCCAGUAGCUUCUCCAAUUCAUAAUGGAACCAAUAGAGCAGUCUGUGAUGAAUAUAAAAAAUCAGAAUGUAAAACUUGGGGAAAUGGUCGGGACUGGAACUUUCCAAAGCCAAGAGAAGGUGGAUGGGUACGAAUCUGGCCUUUUGCAUUAGAAGUUCAAAACAAACAAAGUAACGGCAAUAAUAAUAGUAACCAGAUAAAAAAUAUGGUAAACAAAGUCAUAAAAUUUACGAAGAAAGCCAAGGAACUAGCCAAGAAACAUCCUGUGGCAUCUGAAUGUCAACUCAGCGAAUUUUUACAAGCAGAAAUGGAUAUGACUGGUGAUAUAUGGAUUCCUCCGGUUUAAGUGUUUAUCACAGCAUACAAUUGGACCUAUAUAAGUUUAUUUACGGUACACUAUAAAAUUCUAUCAAUGCCAAUAUUUCUGCUUUUUUUAUCUAGUCAAACAAAAACCGCUUUAAAAAGCGGGUAAUCCUAAAGCGGCAAGAUGUAGGUACACUUUUUAUAAUCAGAACAUCAUCAAAAAUAUGUAGACCAAUAUACUGUGACCAUGUGUUCUAGUGAACAGAAUUUUAAUUAAACCCUUAACUACUGACGUAAAUGUUUUAGGACUUAGACUCUGACCUGCAGUAUGUCAUACCGUUGCAUUCUUCUUCUUCUUCUACGGCACUACAGCCCAAAUUAAGCCUUGGCCUCCUGUAUUUUUUGCCUCCACCCUUGCUUGUCUGUGGCUGCUCUUCUCCAUACACGGACCCCGAAAAGGGCUUGUGCGUCGCUGUUUACUGUGUCUUCCCAGCGUUUUCUUGGCAUUAAAACCGGUCUUUUCCCCUGCAUUCUAGCAUUCAGGGCUUUUUUUGGUAGCCUAUCCUCUCCCGAUCUUAUCACAUGUCCGGCCCAUUGCAAUCUUUGUAUUCUAAUGAAGUGUGACAGGGGUGCUUCCUUAUAAAGUUGAUAAAGUUUGUUGUAUCGACUUCUGAAAAUUCCGUUUUCCAUCACAGGUCCUAGUAUUCUCCUCAGUACUUUCCUUUCGAAUGUAUCGAGUUUGUUUUUGGAUGUUUCUUUCAGGACCCAGGCUUCACUGCCAUAGCAUGUUAUUUGUAUUUGUAUUUGGGUGGACACUUUUAGACCGAAAUAUAUGGGAGAGGGCAAACUAAGCUCUGUUUGCCUGCGAUAUUCUCUUCCGUAUUUCCCCGUCUUCUGAUCGGUCGGCAUAUAUUUCUACUCCCAGGUAAGUAAACUUUCCAACCGUUUCAAUGUCAUCUUCAUGUAUAAUGUUUUGUGGGACUAUAUUUCUUCUCGCCUGAAUCACUAUUUUUGUUUUUUCUGUGUUAAUUUCAAGACCUGGCAUUUUUGUUUGUGUUUUUAACUCUGCGUAUGUUGCCUGGGUUCCUGUUGAUGUUCUACUCAUAAUAUUAAUAUCAUCGGCAUAAGCGACCAAUUGAACCGUUCGGUUGGUCAGUAAGUUUCCUCGUCCAGUUUGCAUUUGCCUAACCGCAUAAUCCAGUGCCAGGUUAAACAAUGUUGGGGCCAGCCCAUCUCCCUGCUUUAUACCCUGCGAAAUUUUGAAAAAGUCUGUCCGGUGGUUUUGUAUUCGUACACAUGCCUGAGUUGCAUCCAUUGUGGAUUUAAUGAGUCUUAUUAGCUUGUGUGGUAUUGCUAAUUCAGCCCAUAUAUAGUAUAGUUUGUUCCUUUUGACUGAGUCGUAUGCCUGUUUGAAGUCUACAAACACGUUGUGAACAUCAAUAUCGUGUUCCCAUGAUUUGCUCAAGAUCUGUUUGACUGUAAAUAUUUGAUCCAGUGUCGAUCUUCCCCGUCGGAAGCCCGUCUGAUAAUCUCCAAUAAUAUUUUCUGUUAGUGGUUGGAGCCGCUGGUUUAUAAUAUACCUGAGGACUUUAUAUGCUGUACAUAGUAGAGAGAUUCCACGGUAGUUUUUGCACUGGAGUUUGUCUCCUUUUUUAUAGAUCGGGCAUACUAUACUUUUCUUCCAGUCGUCGGGUAUUUUUUCUUCUUGUCAUAUGUCUUUGAUGAGCCCGUGGAUGUGACUUGCUAGGUGGUCGCCACCUACCUUAUACAGUUCUGCUGGUAUUUCGUCAACUCCCGGAGCUUUAUUGUUUUUCUAGGCCUUAGUAGCUUCGAGAACUCCCUCUAUAGAGUUGGAGCUUCUACUCCAUUUUUCUUCUACAUCUAUUAGGAGCUUCUACUCCAUUACCUACUUCAUUCUCUUCUACGUAGUUCAUACCCAUUUCAUCUUCCAUGUCUACUUGUGUUCCGUUGCCUAUUCUCCUUUAUAUUCAAUAUGGAUUUGUCUUAUAACACCGUAUUUGUUUUUUACUUCAAUUACGGAAUGAUUCUUCACACUGCUGUAGAAUAAGAUAUUGCUCCAAAUAAAGUAAACUUUAUUUUUCCAAGAAUAUUAUGAACGCAUGCAAUUAAUUAAGAAAAUGGUAAAGGUUCUUACAAAAUCCUUUAUAAAUUGAGUUACAAAAAAACCUUGAGUCUUGGUGACUCAAAAAUAGUAAAAUGGUGCUUUCCACUUGAAGAUAGCACAACUGCAUGAAAUUUCUGGCACAAUAAUAGCGAAAGAAUACAUUGGACUGCUUUUAACUAUGGAAAGGUAAACACUGACAUGCGGUACGUAAUACCGCAAGAAAACUUUACGUCAACGUACAUAGCUCAAAGAUUAAACCAUACUAAAACUGCAGCAGUUGAGAGCUGGUACAAUUACACACCACUUAAAGUUCAAUAAAUGGUGUCCUAGAAAUAUUUUAUAAAACACGUUCUACAACAAAUUUUAUUUUCGGCAAAGUAUGACAUACCGCAUGUCAGUGGUUAAGGGUUAAAUAAAAAUAUUUAAAAAAAAGGUACAAGAAUUUAUUCAAAAUUGCUGUAGAAGAUAUUGUAUGUUAUACAAUGCUCAGAAUUAAGGGCAUAAAAAAGUGAAUCAAUCAUUUGGAUCGCUCAAACAUAUAAGAUGUAAAAUUCUUUAAUUUGACAACUUCAACUACAUCUUUUUCACCAUUAAAGUAAAUGAUAUAAUUGAAGAACUUAUAGAAAAUUGAGCAGGAUAGGAUGCUGUGAUACUGUGCAAAUCUAAAUUAGAUAUAAUUACAAAAAAUUCCGAAUAAAGCCAAAUCACAUAAUAAUGCCGUAAAUGGUAACUUGUAUAGGUCAAAUAUUUAUUUCCCAAAUAUUUUUUGUUUCGCCUUUAACUGCCUACGCAAUGCCAAAAUAAUUGUUAAAACCCUUUGAUAUAUGAAAUAUUUGCCUCCGCGAAUAUUUGAUCUGUUUAAGUUUAUAAUUAAUAAAUUUAAUAUAACUACCAAUUUUCCAGUUUUAUCUGCUUACUCUGAGUCGAUUUUACGUUGUAUACAGAAAAUUUAACCAAAUUCUCAUCACCAAAGAUAACAAAUUUUGAGAAAAUAAAGUGUGUUAUUAGGAGCCAGCUAGAUCACCGUAUCCUUUUCAAUUCUGAUGGGCAAACCCAAGUAUUUCUUAUGUAUAGUUGUGCCAGCAAACUAAGAGAGUCUAUGGAAAUGUGUACUUAAAUAAACUAGAGAUUAUUCCAUAAAACAGGUAGAUCCUUUGUUAAUAGAAUUUCACACCUUGAAGAAUAGCACCCCGCUAAGCUAGAUAUUAAUGACUCUUUUAUAUAUAGUUCUGCUGAGCGGGAUACCAUUGUUCGAGUUGUGAAAUUACAUAAACAAAGGUUUAAUUUUAUAAAACAGGUAGAUUCAUUGUUCAUGGAAUUUCUCAACGCUGACAAUAGAACCCCGCUUAGCUGAAUAUUAAUGACUCUCUUAGACCGAUGCCACAUUAUGCGUUUUGACCGGAUGCGGUGAAAACGCAUCCGUUUCCAACGCAGCCGGACAGACCUGUCACACUAUGCGUUUAGUCUGGUGCAGUUUGUAAGCGCGUACCGAUGACUCAAAACGCAUCCGUUUCCAACGCAACCGGACCGAUUUUUCACACUAUGCGUUUUCACCGGAUGCGGCGGAAACGCAUCCGAUCAAAACGCAUGUCAGAUUAUGCGCAAGUCGGGCGUCGUUGUCAAAAUACAAAAUAAUACUAAAUAAACAAAAAUGUUUUUGCUUAGUAAAAAAUUCUUCUAAUAAUUUAUUUAAUCUGACUCAUUUAUAUAGGCAAUUCAGGCAUGUAUUAUACAUUUUAAAUAGAAGACUUAAAAAUGAUAUUGCCAAUAUUGAUGAGUUGCAUUCCUGGGACGACUUUACUAAAAGAUAGUUCAUUCGAUUACAUGAAAUCAACCCCAACUCAAGAAUAUCCGCCACAAAAAAGCAUAGCAUGUGAUCCGUCUUUAAAAAGACAGCAAAUGCAACGAUGGCAGUAAAAUUCUCGCGCUAGAGAUUCCAUAGUAAAUCACGAGGGAAAACCAGGAAAAAACCUCGUGAUACUAUCCCGACAUCGUAAGUAUUUGGGCUUACAUUUAGUUUACUCUCAAAACUAAUACCAAAUUCUGACUUUGAUGUAUGUAUGCUAUUUUAAAUUAUAAAUAAUAUUAAUAAUACAUAGAUAUUAUAUAAAUAAAACUAAAAUAUAAAAUAUGUACUAACUCGAUAUGUUAACAUAGGCGUAACAAGGGGGGUUUUGGGGGUUAUAACCCCCCCCCCAUUGGGAUGGACUUUGAGCUCUUUACGCUUAACACCAUACCCCUCAGAGACCUUCCAGUAGUUGUAACCCCCCCCCCUUUCCAGUAGUUGUAACCCUCCCUUAGGAUCAUCCUGGUUACGCCUAUGUAUGUUAAUGACUUACUAAUCGUGGUAUUUUCUUUCUAUUAACUUCCUCUUUUAGUAUGGGCGUCGAAACGUUAAUAAAUUCAUUAUUUUGGUAAAAUUGUGGCUUAUUUCCCAUUUAAAAUAGUUCAUUAGUUACAUCAUGGUACUAAAAGUCUGUUUUAGGAAGCAUUAAAAUUAAUACUUUUUGGAGCUUCAGAGUGUCAUUAUCUAUAUAAUAUUCAUAUAAAAGUGGAUGAAGUUCUUUUUCGAACGCGAACCUUUUCAUUGUGAGCCGAUCUUGCGAAUCAAAGCGCGCUAUUAUUAUAUCUUCAUCUUGGCCAAAAAUAAACUUACGCACAUUUUGCUAAGCUCAGAAUGUUCCUUUUGAGUUUGUAUCUCAUUACUAUUAAUUAAAAUGUGAAUGUUAUUGCCCAAAUUGGCUUAAAUCCCUUAUAAACCAAUUAAUGUACAAAUGGUUUAAGAAAAUUAUAACUCAAAAACUCAAACGGGUAUAACUUUAAUACAAAUAAAGGUAAAAUAAUUUAACAAAUACUGUUUGAAAGUCUAUGAAUUAUGCUUUCAAAUAACACUACGUAAAGCUCAUUUAUAUUCACAGAAGCCGAGUGACCAUCGAAAAAGCUUCGAAAAAUAAAUUUUCAAUUUGCAAUAUGCACUAAUUUUACAAUAUCUUGAGUUGUAACUAUGUCUUUGAUUUAAGUUUAGUAAACGCCAUUUUCCUUGUCUUUUGUCACCCACGAAAUUCUUAGUCAGCAGAAAAAAAUACAUAGAAAUACAUUUGAUUUUGCUCAUUUGAAUUAAAAGGCCACGUUGACCUUUAUUUGGAGCCUAGACUAUGUGGACUUUAUUAGAUUUAUGCUAAAGCAUCGAAUCUAGUUCCGUUUUAAUGUAAAAUUCAGAUAAGACAACGCAAAACUAACUCGUUAAAUGUUAUGAAUGUUUUUAUUGUUCCGUCCGAUGUUUGUGAAUAUUAUGCAAACUUAGGCUUGUGGUAAAAAUUUAAAUAUAUUAAUGUUCGUCCAUUAGAAAA